AUGAAAUUCAACCUUUUUUUGCUCCUUUUAGCCACCCUUCUUGCUGUUGGGUCGUCUCAGCAACAGAAGACUUAUACUAUUCGAGACCCUAAAUCCAAACUAUAUUGGGCAGCAGAUAAAACUAAUCAUAUUGGUCUACAAGUCGCAGGUGCAAAGUGGAUAUUAACUACUGCUCCUGGUGGCUUUACUAUUAGUCCCAGUAAUAAUCCUGACCUCUAUGUCACAUACAAGGGUAAUGGAAACCUUCUUACUCUUGAAGGAAAUAUUUCUCAGCUAAAUCAGGAAUGGAUAUUUGUUCCUUCUAAAGCUAGCGAGCAUGCCAUUCAACUUGUUCAACAUAGCAAUCAGUUUGCAAAUAUUGGAAAUAAUGGAUUUAUUAUUGCUGGUACUAAUCAAUUGGGAUGGAUAUUUGAAGAAAAAUAAAUGU